AUGCCGGAGCCCAUUUCCAAUGGUAGAGGGGCAACCAUCGAUGAAGAUGUCGGCGACGCGCUCCAGAUCGUAAAACGAAAAAAAGAAGAAUUCAAAAAGAAGGAAGACGCUGAAGAAAGAAAGCGGCAUGACGAGACGCUAUUGCUCAUGCUCAAGACGCGACAAGCAGCAGCGGAUGCCGUCAGGGCCCAGGAAAAAGCCGAUCAAGAUGCACCCAGGGCCCAGGAAAAGGCCGAUCAAGACGCUGCCAGGGCCCAAGAAAAAAUCGAUGAAGACGCUGCAAGAGCACAGGAAAGAGCAAUCCGUCAACAAGAAAAUCUAGAUCAACAGAACUUAUUCCGACAACUGAUUGCUGCCAUUCCGGCAGCAGCUGCACCAGGAGCGCUGGCAGCUCCAGCCGCAGUUGCGUCAACUAAACUGCUAAAACGUCAAAUCAAGCCGUUCAAAGGGGACGUGCUCGAAUGGACGGCCUUCUGGGAAGGUUACAACGCAGCCGUCCACGAAUCGGCCAUUCCGGCGGUUCAAAAAUUUGGAUAUUUGAAAGAUUACCUGAAAGGCGAAGGACAGCUAUGUGUGGAGAAUCUGGAGCUGACAGACGCAAACUACACCGUCGCAGUGACCCUCCUGAAGGCGAUGUACGGCAAAUCGGACGUCCUGAUCGAGGCUCACACCCACAAAUUGGACACGCUGCAACCAGUGAGAGACGUAGCUGAUACAGCGGCACUCAGGUGCUUCCAGCUGACUAUCCAGUCACAUAUCAAAGCGUUGGAGACACUGGGAGUUGCAAGAGCCAGCCACGGAUGUCUCCUUGGAUCAAGAAUUUUACGCUCGAUCCCACUCAAACUUCAAGCAGAGUGGGCCAAAUCAGCAAAGAAUAAGGUAACACCCAUUGAUCAAGUAUUAAAAUUCAUCGAAGAGCAAGUUGAAGCUGCAGAGCGACUCAGCCGUCUGAGAGCUACAACACCAAAGCCGGCCCAAAAUUCUCAACAGCCGGCAAAAUCAACACCACCUACUACACCGACAGCUUCUCAGCUCGGAGUCAGCAGCAAGCCGACUCCACAACCAAAAAAUUCAAGCAAAACAAGAAGAAAUGGCAGUACACCACCAAGGAGACAAGCGACAGCAUCAUCUCCAAGAAAGCCAAUGCUGCCAUGCGUGUUAUGCAAGGAGAUGCAUUGGGAUAUCAACUGCCCAAUGGAAUUGAAAGAGAAAAAAGCAGUCAUCACCAACGAAAAAAGAUGCUCUAAUUGUUUUGGUCAUCACGAGACCACUGUUUGUUUUAAUCCACACAGGUGCCAACGAUGCCGAGCUAAGCACCACACAUCCUUGUGUGCCGAGAAAGAUACCAGAUUCGGAUCCUUAACUAUAAUUCCAAGCAAACCGGUCGCUGGGAGCAGCUCAACAACAGCAUGUGCAAGCUCCUUUGGUGAAGUUAUCCUAAAAACAGCAACCGUAUACAUUACAGGCCCAAAUGGAAAACAAAUCCGAGCGAUUCUCUUCCUCGACGAUGGCAGCCAUAGAACAUGGAUUAAAAGGCAGAUUUCGAAAGAACUUCAACUGAAGAUCAUCCAGGUGGAACAGAUCACGACCAGGGCCUUCCGGCAGACAGAAGCCCCUCCAGCAGAAACUCACAACGUAGUCGAGAUGACGGUGCGGGGCACCUGGCCAGGAGCCCCAACGGUGCGUAUUGAAGCUUUAGAAGCAACCGACAAAGUUGGAAGCACCGGCCCGUACCAAACUACAGAAUUUGCAAGAAAGCUCUGGCUGGAAAAUGAAAAUUUGUCAGACGACCGCUUCGAACGUGAUGGUGGAGACGAGGACGUCGGGAUUCUUGUUGGAAUGGACCAGAUGUUCAACAUCAUGUUCAACGAGCCGGCAACUAUCAGCCCGUGCGGACUCAGAGCCUACACUUCAAAACAUGGAAAAGUCAUCGGCGGUCCAUCACAAGAAAAAUCAUCGAAACAAAGUCAAACAAUUGUCAGUCAACUACUAAUUAAUUCAAACGCUCUCUACCACAGAUCACCUCACAGCCAUCGAAAUUUUUCAACAGCAUCCAACCAGACCAGUCAUAAAGCAGGGAGACAGGAAAUUCCAGUCUCCUUCCACUACCAGAAAAUUCUGAACAGAUCUGCUUUUUCGACACGACAAAAGAAAACAAAAGAGAAUUUCACCAAUUUGAACGACUGUGUUGCUGUGGAGAAGGACGAUCAAUUCCGCUCCUUCUGCAACGAAAUCACGCGAUUCGAAGACGGCAGGUAUUGCACGCCAAUCCCAUGGACGACUGACAGAUGGAGACUGGAAAUCAACCACCAGAUGGCAGCUACAAGAUUUAGAAGCAUGCUGUUCAAACUACGCAAAUCUCCAGUCGACUUAGCCAACUACACCAAAGAAAUCAAUCAACUGAUAGCAAACGAAUUUGUAGAAGAGGCUAAUCUUAAUUACGAUGGCCUCCACACUUAUCUACCGCAUCAUUCAGUCUACCGGACGGACAAGGCCACCACAAAAAUUCGACCAGUUUUCGACGGCGCCGCAAGAUCCAAAUAUGGGCCGAGCCUCAACGAUGUUUUGGAGACCGGACCGAAUCUAAAUCCUGAUCUCCUCUCGGUCUUAAUGCGCUUCCGGAUGAACCGGAUCGCCUGGAUUGCGGAUAUUGAAAAAGCAUUCCUCAACAUCGCGCUGCAGCCCGAAGACGCCGAAGCGGUCAGAUUUUUAUGGCCGAGGGAGCCGAAAAAUCCCGACUCCGAUUUCAUCGCAUACAAAUGGAAAAGAGUGCCAUUCGGGCUAAGUUCAAUCAAACCCAGAUUUCAGAAGACAGUCGAACAAAUAGAAGAGCAACUUUACGUGGAUGACUACCUUGGAGGAGCAGACAACGUGCCAACAGCCAUUACCACGGUGGGAGAGACCGUCACGUUAUUUUCAGAGGCCCAACUCAACAUGAGGAGCUGGGCAACAAACAACAAGCAGCUCCGUGACUUUCUCACCGAAAAAGAAAUGUCGAACCAGAUCGUCGGAAUCCUUUCACCCACAAUGGAUGGCCAGCACAAGGCACUGGGUCUUAGAUGGGACACGAGCUCCGAUUCAUUUAAAUUUGACCCUACAUCUAUCAUGGAAGCAGCCGUGGAGAUUGGAGAAAAAAUCACCAAAAGAAAAAUUCUGAGCAUCUCAGCAAGGAUAUUCGACCCAAUUGGUUUUCUAGCUCCCACAGUUUUACUUUUAAAAAUAAUCUAUCAGAAACUUUGGGAAGGAGACAUAGGUUAG